GCAUCCAAGCUCUGAUGAGCGAUGAUCCUAAAGUCGCAGCUGACCAGAAAAUUAUUAUCAGGAUCGCAACUCAAAGAUUGUCGGAUCUAAAACUGUCAAGAAUUAUUGUCCGAGGAUGUUUUCCAGCUACUUUAGAAUGUUGAAAGUGGUUUUGUUAUCGUCAUGGAUUGGACUACUAUUGGGAGGCUUUGAGCCGAUCAAAGCCCAGACAAACGGCAAUUGGUGCCCGAUGCCAAUUUCUGGAGUUCAGUGCAAGUCUAUAGUAAAGAAUGGAACGACUAUCCAACUCGUCCAUAAACUCGUCCCUCUUGAAGCCAUCGAGAAGAUGGCGUAUCCAGCAGGUGUAAAUGUGACUUGGAGGUGUACUGAACCCGCCUGCUUGUCUUCUCCAUGCAAGUAUGGAAAUUGUACAGAGGUCGACGAUGGCUUUGAAUGUGAAUGCCCGAAAGGAUUUGGUGGGGCCCGAUGUGAAAUAUAUCCACCACGGAAUUGUGCAGAACUAAAAGCUCGUGACGACAUUACUGAAGAUGGUACUUACGUCAUUGACCCGGAUGGAGAAUUCCGUGACAGGUCGUUACCGGUUGAGAUGGAGUGCCUCAUGACAGAAGGUGUUACAUCAGUACCACAUGACAUCACUGCCCAAGAGUCCACACCAUACGGGAUGGGAGUUGGGGAGUUUGUGCGCAAUGUUACGUACCCGUUCGACUCGGACACUAUUCUUGCUCUCAUUCAGGUACUCUUUCUUAUAAUCUUGUCGAUCUCAUUCAUGUCAUAA